CUGUCAUGUAGUGCAGGCCCGCUGAGAUGAAUAAAGCAGUAGUUAAUGGUGGAGGUGUUAGCAGUAAUGCAUUUAGAUGUCAGGUCUUUCUGUUGAUGAUGUUGCUGCCAUCAGCAGCAGUUUCUCGCACAGACAGCAGCAGAGGACUCUGCGCUCUGUAGCUGUUUAACGCACUCCGCCGUUGGCUUCCUCCCAUUUUGUGUGCAGAUGCGUCGGGGCGGCAGACGGUUCCAGCCCGCGGUGCGCUGCGAACGGACGGCUCCCGACGCCGCAGCCUGACGACAGACUGCCCGGGCUGACACAGCGGGUCACCACGUCAGAAGCUGACAUAGAGCAAAGUUCAAACAGGAAGCCUCCUCUGCACAACUUUCUCUUCCAUGGUCUCCAACGCACGCCAUAAUGCAGCGGUGUUGUGGCAAAGUCCCGGGUCGGCUGUGGCUCUCGCCGAUUGGCAUCUUGUAUAUUUUGGCAUUAUGCGUCGCACCUGUAACGUUGCACCCGCAGUGCCUGGACUUCAAGCCGCCCUUCCGACCGCUGAGGGAGCUGGAAUUUUGCGUGAUGUACAAAGAGUUUGGCUGCUGUGAUUAUGAGAAAGACCAGGAGCUGAUGACAAAGUACUACCAGGUCAUGGAUAAUUUUGAUUAUUAUGGGUAUGCCAGCUGCGCCGGGUUCGUCCUGGAGUUGCUCUGCCAGGAAUGCUCUCCCUACGCAGCUCACCUCUUUGAUGCUGAGGACCCGAGCACCCCAGUCAGGACCAUCCCCGGCCUCUGCCCAGACUACUGCUCCCAGUUUUGGAAGAAGUGUAGUUCCACCAUCCCUUUCUUGUCUGACGACCCACACAUAGCCAAAGUCAAAGACGAUCAGACACAGCUCUGCCAGUACCUGGAGCUAGAGGACAUGGACUACUGCUAUCCACAUCUCCUCAGCAACCAGCAACUCACAAAGAACCUGGGCAGGGUUCAGUCAGACUCAGAAGGCUGUCUGCAGCUGUGCCUGGAAGAGGUUGCAAACGGGCUGCGGAACCCGUUAGCCAUGGUACACGCCAACGACGGCACACAUCGGUUCUUUGUGGCAGAACAGGUGGGCUUGGUGUGGACUUACCUUCCUGACCGGUCCAAACUGGAGAGACCAUUUUUGAACAUUACCAAGGCGGUGUUAACGUCAUCGUGGGAAGGUGACGAGAGAGGCUUUCUGGGGCUCACCUUUCACCCCAGACACAAGUACAACAGGAAGCUUUAUGUGUAUUACUCAGUGGAGGUGGGUUUUGAUGAGAGGAUCAGGAUCAGUGAGUUCCAUGUGUCAGCCAGUGACAUGAACAUGGUGGAUCAUGCCUCUGAACGGGUUAUUCUGGAGAUCGAUGAACCGGCAUCAAACCACAAUGGAGGGCAACUUCUAUUUGCAGAUGAUGGCUACUUGUACAUUUUCACAGGAGAUGGUGGAAUGGCAGGAGACCCAUUUGGGAAAUAUGGGAAUGCCCAGAACAAGUCAGCUCUAUUGGGGAAAGUUCUCCGCAUUGAUGUGGAUGACAAUGAGAGAGGCCCGUUGUACAGAAUUCCUCCAGACAACCCCUUCAUACAUGAGCUGGGGGCACGACCUGAGAUUUAUGCUUAUGGUGUCCGCAAUAUGUGGAGGUGUUCUGUGGACCAGGGCGACCCUCGAACCAAGGAGGGCAAAGGACGCAUCUUCUGCGGGGAUGUGGGCCAGAACAAGUUCGAAGAGAUAGACAUCAUCGAGAAGGGUCGGAACUACGGCUGGAGAGCCAAAGAGGGGUUCUCCUGCUAUGAUAAGAAGCUGUGCGCCAACAGCUCGCUAGAUGAUGUCUUACCUAUUUAUGCAUACCCUCACGAGAUGGGCAAGUCAGUGACGGGUGGCUAUGUGUACCGAGGCUGUGAAUACCCCAACCUGAACGGCAUGUACAUAUUUGGAGACUUCAUGAGCGGGCGUUUGAUGAGUCUACAGGAGGACAAAAACACAGGCCAAUGGAAAUACAAUGAGAUCUGUAUGGGGAUGGGCCUGACCUGCGCCUUUCCUGGACUCAUCAACAACUACCACCAGUACAUCAUCUCCUUCGCAGAGGAUGAAGCUGGCGAGGUGUACUUCAUGUCGACUGGAAUACCGAGCGCUACGUCACCUUCCGGAGUUGUUUAUAAAGUGGUGGAUCCCUCAAGACGCGCUCCACCGAGGCAGUGUCACUACGAUCCUCUUCCUGUCAGAGUGAAAAGUAACCUGAUAAAGUUUGUUCCCCAGGAAACAUUAAUCACCUUGGAGACACCAAGUAAAACCAAGCCUCAGCCACAACCCACAGAGUCCUACGACUGGCUUCAAGAGCUCAUUGAACGUCUAGGUGAAGUAGGACCGGACCCGAUCCUGCCUUUGCCAACCACAACUACCACCAAACCACCCAGACAUUCAAGACGGAAAGGCCGACGCAAGAAGGGCAAGUCCAGAACACAGAGUGCGCCCGAGCUCCGGAAUGGAGCGGUGAGGCUGGUUGGGGACGAACAAGGCCGCAGUGACCAUGGACGGGUAGAGAUCUAUGUUAAUGGGGAGUGGGGCACCGUGUGUGACGACCUGUGGACCACCAAGAACGCUGCGGUGGUUUGCCAGCAGCUAGGCUUCCGGUACGCUCUGAAGGCAGCCAAGAACUCGGAGUUCGGGGAAGGGAAGGAUCUACGAAUACUUCUGGAUGAUGUUCAGUGUGAAGGGACCGAGGCCAGCCUGCUGGACUGCAAGCAUGCUGGUGUGGGAACGCAUAACUGUGCCCACUACGAAGACGCCGGGGUGAUCUGUGGCAACUCGGACUACGUCGUAGAAGUCUAAAUGUUUGACUACUAUGAAGUCAGAGCUAAUUAUCAUGAACUAAAUCCACCCUAAAUUUAACAGUUAAAAAUUGGCCUUUCAGUAUAGUCUUGGUUAAGUCUCUUAUUCCCAUAAGUGAGCACACCAAACGUAGACCACAUGUAUCUUGAUGCCAGUCCAUCACAAUGAAAAGGAAAGAGAGAGAUCUGUUGAAGAAAGUGUGACCAUGUAAACAAAGUGAGGGAGCACCAGCAAAGACAGUCCUUUCAUCAAAGCAUUCCAGAGGUUAUUUAUGAGCUAAUCUAACAGCUGGAAUACACUGGUGAUAUGUAACACUGUAACCAUAUCCAGGGUUAGACUUUCCCUUCACUAAUGUCUCCUGCUUUUUACUAGUGGUGAUUUUUCUCAAAGGGAAAUGUUUAUCUAAGAGUUUGUCUUUAAUUUUUCAUUGCAGACUUGAAUGUUUAAUUUGAAUGUAUGUUUGGCACUGUUGCAUUAAGCCUUCUUAUCAGUGAUUUGUUCCAGUAACAGAUUUGAGUGUCUGAUUGACACAUUUCCCACCGUGUUGAAUGAAUGUUUGUCUGUCAUGUUUUCAUUGGUAAAUGAUUCUCAGCUGUCUCUCCACCACAUUCACAGGUAAGUUAGACACAAGUCCACUGUUCUUUUGAAAGGUGUGUCCCAUUUGUUGAAAAGAAGACAAGGUUUGUGAACGCUAUACACAUUUUUCACAUUUGAAAUAUAUUCCCAGUAUUGCGUUGCCGAAAUUGAACCCAUGCGCGUGUUGGAGAGACUUGAGUUAUCGCGUUUUUCUAAUGCUAGCUAACGUUUAUGUGGCAUGUUUCUGCAUGACAGCAAGCACCAUUUCACUUAACUUAGCUUUGUGAUCUUUUGUAACGUUACUGUCACAUGUUUUGUAACGUUGAUGUGUACAAUAC